UAUUCCUGAGUAUUCAUCUGGCAACAUUCGGUGCCGAAAGUUUUCUACUUCGUGUUGAUGUGAAGUGUAGGUUAGGGAAAAUGGCAUCAACAAACGACCGCAACGUUGUGUCGAUAUACAGUUUUGGCGACCAGACAAAAUGUGUGAAGGAGGUGAAGCUCCCUCGGGUCUUCACUGCCCCUGUGAGAGACGAUAUUGUCUCCCAUACUUUUGAGCUCAUCCGCAAGAACAGGCGCAUGCCGUAUGCUGUGAGCCACAAGGCUGGUCACCAGACAAGUGCUGAGUCAUGGGGCACUGGCCGAGCUGUUGCUCGUAUCCCUCGUGUGCGAGGUGGAGGUACCCACCGCUCUGGUCAGGGUGCUUUCGGUAACAUGUGUCGUGGUGGGCACAUGUUUGCUCCCACCAAGGUGUGGAGGCGCUGGCAUCGCAAGGUCAACAUUGGCCAGAAGAGGUUUGCAGUGUGCUCUGCCAUUGCUGCCACCGGCUCGCCUGCCCUCGUCAUGUCCAAGGGGCACCAGAUCCAGAAGACCCGUGAGGUCCCCCUAGUGGUUGAAGACAAGCUGCAGGAAAUAUCCAAGACUAAGGAAGCUGUAGCUUUCCUGAAGAAGCACAAGGCCUGGUCUGAUGUGCUGAAAGUGUACAAGAGUCAGCGCCAGCGUGCGGGCAAAGGUAAGAUGAGGAACCGCCGCCGCGUUCAGCGUCGUGGACCCCUCAUCAUCUACGACAAGAACCAGGGACUGAGCCUUGCAUUCCGUAACAUCCCCGGCGUUGAGACCAUCUGUGUGGACCGCCUCAACCUCCUGCAGCUCGCUCCUGGUGGACAUGUUGGCAGGUUCUGUAUCUGGACUGAAUCAGCUUUCCAAAAGCUUGAUAGCAUUUUCGGAACGUACACCAAGAAGUCGGCGGUGAAGAAGGACUUCAACCUCCCGCAGAGCAUCAUGAACACUGCUGACCUCAUGAAGGUCCUCAAACACCCUGAGAUCCAGCGCCAUCUCCGCACCCCGAGAUUCCAUCGUCCUCUCGCCAAAACUAAACUGAACCCGCUUCGCAACUACCGCGCUCUGCUGCAGCUCAACCCCUACGCCGCUGUGCAGAAGAAGGAAGCUCGUGCUGUGCAGGCUCGUGCUGUCGCUCUCAAGGAGGCCAAGAAACUAAAGCACAGACUGGAGGCAGCCAAGUCCGAGAAGAAGAUCUUGACUCGCGCCGAAAAGCUGAAGGCUGUGAAGGCCAUCUGGAAGUCCACCCCCGAAUACGCCGCCAAGGUUGCCGAGCUUAAGAAGAUCCGCCGACAGCGCCACGCCAAGAACAUCCGCUUGGCUGAGAAGAGGAAGAAGCUGCACCGCGAGAUCAAGAAGGCUAACCCUGGGCUCAAGAAGCGAGCUACAUACAAGGGCAAGAACCCCAAGAAUCCCAGGUUCAAGAAGGGGCACGGGCCAGCACCUGCCGGCACCGCCGCUGCUUUUAAGGCCGUCAACAAAGUCUUGCCCAAGAAAAAGCACCUGAAGCGAAUGAAGAAAGUUGCUGCCCUUGAGGCAAAGAAGAAGUCUGGAAAGACUGCUGCAAAGAAGUAAAUGGCAGUACAUGUUCUUCGUGAA